UAUCUAUUUAAUUAUCUGCAAUUGGAUCAGUGGUUGUAGUUUUAAUUGAUUUAUCAGUUACUUUUUCAUGUAGUACCUCUUUUGUGAGAUCCAAGCAGUAUUCUGUAUUCUUCUGUGGUCAGGGUUGACAAGAGUAUUAGAACAACUCCCAUAAAGCUAGACAUUGCAGUCAGUAUAGCUGAAUGCAAUUCUAUACCUUGCCGUAAUUGUUACCAUGGCAAAUAUGAUCAGAAUGGUCUGCCUGACAUCAAUGCAUAAUGGGGAGAAAGUGUAUAUUUUGUCAUGUAUACUGUUUGUACAUGUAAAAUGUUUAACAUUACUAUGGAAAGGGGUCAGUCUAUGGGGGUGUGCUGAUAAACAGUAGAAAAAGAAGGGGUGGGGGAGAUUUAGCUAAUUUCCAAAAGGAAAAUAAUCCACCCCCCCACCACUCUCUACUCCCUCUCUGCCUUCCUCCCUCUCUCUCUCUCCCUCCCUCUCUCUCUCUCUCUCUCUCUCUCUCUGAGUCCCAGCCCCUGAAGGUGUCAUAACUGUGCUCUCUCUCUCCCUCUCUAUCACCGCCUUUCAGAUCUUUAAAAGCUGCUGCUUUGCUGUGUCUCUCUCGAUCUCAAUUUGUCUCCUCUGGCACUGCAGGGGACUCCUGGCUGCCUAACGAUUGAACCGGCUAAGCACCAAGCAAAGCUGAAGAGACGGAGAGAGGACAGAGAGAAAGAGGAGAAAGAGAUAAAUAUACAUCCAGAAAUAGCAUCAGCCACAGUUGACUGACAGAGAGAGAAAGAGAGAGAGAGUGUGUGUGUGGAGCUUAACCUGAGACCUGGACAGAAAAUGCCUCUCCUUUCUAACUUAACGACUAUUGUCUUGUUGCUGAUUGCUCACUGCGGAUCUUGGAUUCUGGCUAACCGCUUGGGCCCCUACAAGGGUUGUCCCUCUUGUAGAGAAUCUUUGGGGGCAGGUCGGGCCCCCCGGGACCAUAUUGGACAAGCAGGCAGCACAUCCAUGUUGGCCCAGGGAGAGCCCUGUGGUGUGUACACCAUGAGCUGUGCCAAGGGGCUGCGCUGCGUGCCCCCUCCUCAGGAACACAGCCCACUCCAGGCGCUGCUGCAGGGCAGGGGCUUCUGCACCAAGCACAGCAGGACCAGUCCCACGGAGAGGCCCCACCCCACAGGUCCACAUCCUUCACAAAGUGGUGAAAUAGAAAAGGCACCCUGCCGCAAGCUGCUCAAUAGUGUUCUGCGGGGUAUUGAGCUCACUAUCUUUCAGUCUGAUCGUGACAUCUAUAUCCCCAACUGUGACACUCGGGGCUUCUACAGGAAAAAGCAGUGUCGCUCCUCCAAGGGUAUGCAGCGUGGCCACUGUUGGUGUGUGGAUGAGCUGGGUACUGCCUUGCCCUCACGUGCCAGCGAAGAUGGCACUUUACCAUGCGAUGGAGAGUGAGAGAGGUCCUUGUCCCAAAAUGUUGAGCCUAGAGGAGGGGGAGUAAGGGGAG